AUAAACAGCACAGCAACAAUAAUGAGAUUAUUUUUGUAGAUUGUGAACCCAUUAUAAUUUUAAGAAAAAAUGAAACACAUCAGUGCCUUAUGACCAUAUACUGUGAAAAAUUUAAAACCAACAACUAGCAGAAACAAUUUUCGUGAAAUAAGUGCACAGAAUCGUACAGAAUGUCUGAGCCAGAAUUAGUGGAAGAUUUCUUCGGAGUUUACUUACUAUACUGUAUUAACCCUAAAUACAAAGGGCGCACGUACAUUGGCUACACUCGAGACCCGAACCGGCGAAUUAUGCAGCAUAACAGAGGCAUUUGGGCUGGAGGAGCUUAUCGGACUAAUAAUAAAGGACCCUGGAAAAUGGUGAUGAUAAUCCAUGGAUUCCCAAAUAAUAUUUCAGCUCUCAGAUUUGAAUGGGCUUGGCAGAAUCCUACGAAGACUAUAAGACUGCAGCAUUUAAAUUUAAAAAAGAUCCCAAGAAAAGAGUCUGAAUUUAAAUUCAAAUUAAGAGUGUUGAGUGAGAUGCUUCGAGUGGGACCUUGGUGCCGCCUGCCUUUAAUCAUAAGAUGGCUGGAGGUGGAGUAUUGUGAAGAUUUUGAUCCUGAAAGAAAACCUCCGUCACACAUGACAAUCUGCCAAGGACCUGUCAAAAGCAGAAACUUGAAGCCCAAAUCUUCCACGACCAUACCUCCGGACACAGAAUGUCUUCUCUGCUCCUCUUACAUAACUUAUGACCAAUCAAAGAUCACCUGCUUGAAUUCCAACUGUGAACUUGUAGCACAUAUUACUUGCUUGGCCGAUCUAUUUCUGGUACCAGGAGAGUAUGUUCCUAUAGAAGGUAGCUGUCCGUUCUGCAGUGUGAAGCUAAAGUGGGGCGACUUGAUCAGGAAAAUGAAGGGGUGUUCGAGGAACAGUGAUGGGGAAGAAUGCAGUGAUGAAGAAAUUGUGAAAGAUAAAGAGUUGGAGGACUGCAGUGAUGAAGAAAUUGUGAAAGAUAAAGAGUCAGAGGGUUGUAGUGAUGAAGAAAUUGGGCCUCCUAAAGAGAUAGAGGGUGACCCUUCGUGGUUUCUUGAUUGUAAUUAUGAUUUAUGACGAUUUAAGAAAUUAUUAGACAAUAUAGACGGUAUGAGAUUUUAUUACUUUUUCCUA